CUUCCCACAGACACUCCAUCUUAAAGAAGAAAACAAGUUUCAGUUGUGUCGACCAGGUGUCACUAUUGGUAUAGUACUUUUUGCACCGUUUUUUUUUUAGUGUCUGGAAAGCCUAAUCAAAAGUAUCACGUCAAUUUUCAAGUUCUAAAACCAAUUUCAUCAAGACAGUCUGGCUCUUAUUUAAUCAACUGUAACGCCACUACAGUGUGAUGUCUAUGGUGCCAGGCCAGCGUCCUCUGCACUCACGAACUGUUACUUUUCUCAACGAUGAUAAACCUAGUCCAAUCACAGUCGCUUGUGUAAAUUUGUUACAUUUGUAGAGAUUACUCCCAUAGCUAGAAAUGCUAAAAUGAAUCACCAAACUAUUGUACGUUUUUAAAGAGUUCUUCAGUCAGAAAAAAAACCUCCGAGGAUACAGCUUUCUAAUGUCCCUUGCAACCAUGCAGGUCUAUUUUGAAUAACGUUAAACAACACCAUCUGUCGGAAAACUAGCAACAGCGCAUGUGUUAGAUUAGUUUCUAUGGUAACGUUUGAGUUUCGAAAGGACGAAAAGCUUGUCCUGGAGUGACCAACGCUUUUACAAAUAAUUGUCGUGUAAGACUUUUUUUUACAUUAAUAUUCCAAGCAUUUGUUACUAAAUAGUGUUUCGGUUUAAACAUCCGUCUAACGUUACUUCUAAACAGUUUUCAUAUUAACCAUUCAGCAACGUGAGUAACAUUACACUUGGAUACUUAACUAGCAUUUCGUUUAGUUGUUACAGUAAUUCGGGCCGUUUUGAGCAUGGACAUCGCUGGCUAUGAUAAUAAGGCAGCUCUGCAGCAGAUGAAUCAGUUUUGGUCGAUGUUAGAUGACAUGUCUCAGAAUAAUCCGGAGGAGUACAGGAGCUUCAUUGAACGGCAGUUACGGGAGGGAGCGGAGUUUCACACCCCGCCGGAGCCGCACGCCUGCAUCCGGGCUCCUCUUCUGGGACCAAAGGAAGGAAUACUGUACAUUAACAUGUGCGGUUGGAAACGUGUACCAGUGCCCACAUCUCACAGUGAUCCUGUUCCUGUGUGUGGAGGACGAUUGCAGACAGUGACUGAGGAGAAAGAGCAAUACAGUGUCGUUGAUGUUGCCUUCAACCCUGAGGUUCUGCAGACGGCAGAGAAAGACAAACAUGAGAAAGAGACGCUUCACCUUCUUGCUCUGAACUUCAUCCAGCAGCAGCAUAAUCUGAAUCUGUCCCAGAGCUACAAACUCACCAAAGACAAAAUCAAAGGCAGAAUUCAGGAUUUGAAGCAGCGUCUCAUGUCACCACAAAUGUGCAAAUCUUCUGACAAAAACCCACAACCUGAACCGGCCCCUUCACUCCUACAGCAGAUCUCCUCACUGCAGCUGGCUGAGAGUAAUGAGGACUCAAGCAUCCAGCUGAACAUAGAGCGGGAGAAUAAACCAGCGCGAUCCGGUCUCAUUGAGGUGAUCUCCAGCACAGAAUCAGACCAGUCACAGCCACAACAACCCCAGCAUCAUCUCACAGUCUGUCCUGAUGGAAGCAGCUCAUCUAGGAGCCUGCAGCUGAACGUUGAGCUUCCUGGAGUGAGAUCUGUGUCACAGUGCCAGCUCAGCAUCUCUCAGGAUGAUAUUCUCCUGGAAGUAGAAGACCUUUAUUAUCUUCAUCUGCGGUUUCCUGAGUCAGUCAAGGAGGAGACAUGCACUGCAACGUUUAAUAAGAAGAAACAAAUUCUAAAUGUUACAGUGGCUGUGUUAUGAGAAUAAUUAUUUAUCCAGAAACUGAGAAUGUAAACACUAUAGUUGUUCCAUGUUAUUGCUGUCAAAAUAAAAUUAUUAUUAAUUUAAAUAA